GCAGCACUCAAAUUCCUUGAUUUCCCUCUCAAUUCCCUCUCUUGCUCUCACUCCUCUCAACUCUCUUUCACUCUAACUCUAAAAACUCUACACAACUCUUCCUCCACCUCCACUAUCGCUGCCGCACACCCGCACCACACCACCGCCCGCUCCUCCAUCACAGACGAAAACUGCUGUUGCCCUGUGGGUUGUUCGAAACUUCGAAUCGAACACUGCUCUGCUGCUUCUGCUCCUAAAAAUCGAAAUUUUUGAUUUUGUUUAAGAGUUCAAUCAUAUCUAGUAGUGGGGCUACUGGCUCUGAUUCAUGCAAUGUUAGUGGUGAUGCUACAAAUGAAGAGGGUGAUUUCAAUUCUUAUCCGUUGUGGAAAUAUGCUGUUAAAGGGGACAAAAUGAGUGGAGGUGGGGGUAAUUAUACUUGGCAAUGCAACUUUUGCAAACAAAUAAAGAAUGGUUCAUAUACUAGAGUUAGAGCACAUUUGAUGGGUCUUGCAAAAGGUGAAAUUAGUCAAUGUCCUAAUGUAACAAAUGAGGAUAGAAUGCAAAUGAGAAACGUAGAAAGACAAGUUGAGCAAUAUAAAGAAUCUAGACAACCAAAAAGACCACCACUUCCUAGUCAAUCUUUAUCUUCUGAAACUUCUCUUUCACCAACUUCAUAUGGCAAGAAAAGAAAAUCUGACAACCCAAUCACCAAAGCUUUUGAUAUACAAGCUCGAAACAAUUUGAAUGCUGAGAUAGCAAGGAUGUUUUUUACUGGAGGAUUGCCUUUCAACCUUUGUCGAAACCCUUACUAUAUUAGUUCAUACAACUAUGCUGCCAAAAAUAAUAUUACUGGUUACAAGCCUCCUGUUACAAUAAAAUGAGAACCACUUUGUUCUUGGAGGGAAAAAGGGGUAAGUAUAGUGAGUGAUGGGUGGAGUGAUCCACAAAGGAGACCUUUAAUUAACCUCAUGGUGGCUUGUGAAGUUGGUCGUCUGUUCUUAAAGGUCGUUGAUUGCUCAGGAGAGGUAAAGGAUAAAGACUUUAUUGCUAGUUUGUUGAAUGAUGCCAUUGAAGAAGUUGGAGAUGACAAAUUUGUUGUACAAAUUCUCACUGAUAAUGCAACCAAUUGCAAGGCCGCUGGAGAACUUAUAGAGGGUAGAUAUCCACAUAUAUUUUGGACACCAUGCAUUUUUCACACUCUUAACCUUGCUCUUAAAAACAUUUGUAAUGCUAAAAAUGUUUCAAACAAUGAGGAGGUUUAUGAUGAGUGUCAUUGGAUAACCGAAGUUCAUGGAGAUGCUUUAUUUGUCAAAAACUACAUAAUGAACCAUUCAAUGAGGUUAGCUAUAUUUAGGGGGCGUUUGGUUGGGGGUCUUAAGGAAAGGAAAAGGGAAAGGGAAUGGAAAUACCCCAUUCCCUUUGAUGUUGUUUGGUUCGCAUUUAGAAUGAUUUCGUUUCCCCAUUUUAAGGUUUAGGUUUACCCAAAUGAGGUAAUCCUCAUUCCCCACCUCCCCCUUCACUUUCCCAUUCCAUUCCCUUCCCCAUUCUUGAAGCUGUCCUCUCCAAACCCUACUAGCGUGCUACCGCCAUCUCCUUCCAUUCGUCUUCCUCAAGUUUUAAGGUUCGUCUUCCUCAAGUUCUCAUCUCUUCCUCGCGCGUCGUUCCUCCUGCUGCUUUGCCAUUUCUCUCACGCUCGAUUUUGCUGCAUCGAUUGUCAAAUGUAAGUUACUUGUUGAUUUGAAUCUCCUUCCUCUUCACUCGUUGUUCUUCUUCAUUCUCUGUUGUACCGCUGCUGCUGCUGUAAUUCAUGUUCUUCUUCAUUUGUUGAAGCUCUGUAAUUCAUGUCGAUUCUAUGCUGCUGCUGCUAUUGUCGAUUCGUGUUCUUCUUCAUUCGUGUUCUGCUGCUAAUUGUUGUUGAAGUUGGAUUAAUUGUUCUGGAUUCCUGUAUUUGUUUAGUAUUUAUUCCUCAUAUUAUUAUGAUUAUACUAUAAUUUGGAUUUCUGCUGCUAUUGAUUAUAUGUGUUAUAGGAUGCACAUGAUGUGCUCGAUGAAAUGCUCCUAUGAAAUUAUACUACUUUUUGUCAUAUUUUAUGCAAGAAAUGGAGUAUUAUCCGGUUGUUGUGUAUUUGAAUGUGUAAUUUUUUCAUAAUGGUGGUGAUGUGGUGUAUAAUGGGGGUUCUAAUUUUGCUGUGAUUCUUAAACAUGAUAUGACCUUAGAGGGUUAUACAUAAACAUUGCCAUGAUAUCACAAGCUGUAUUGGUGUUGUAUUUUGUAGGUUUGUAUUCUGUAUUUGUUGAGAUAUGUGUUGUUGAGAUCACAAGCUGUUUCACAAGCUGUGGUUUUAAUCGUACUGUGUUUCAUUUGGUAUUCAAUGUGAAGUAGCAAUGUGAAGUAGCAAUGUGUUGUUGAUUCUUUGUUUGUUUGGUUUUGAAGAAUACAUGGAAACAAGGUACUUGGUAGUUCUUUGUUGUUCUUAUUGAUGUUCAUUAAGGCUUAGGUGUUGUUUAUCUCUUGUCUUUUUCAUGAUUAAAUUAUUAAAGAAUAUUGUUGCUUUUGGCAUUGAGGAACUUCAUGUGUAGGUCUUAUGGUCAAGUUCUACAUUUCAUGCUGCUUUGAGUCAUACUAGAGCGGUAAGAACUAUACAGCAAAUUACAGAACACCAACUGAAUUUUUUCCUCUGGUGAUGCUGAGGCUGGAGUUUUAGCUGCAGUGACUUGUGGGAAGUCAACUAGAUAGACUUUAUUGAAUUGAAUUGUAUUGUUGCAUCACGGGUACCUGUGCUUCUACAGUCUUGCUUCUCACUGUUGAACCAAGGAUAUAUUUACCUGUGACUUGCAAGGAUCAUCUUUCAACACCAGGAUCCCUGAGUUUGUUCCUUUGGUAUAGAUACAGUUGAUAAGAUGUACUCAGGCUAGCUUCUAGGACAUAUAGUUGAAAAUGAGCAUAUGCAAGUGGCACAAUAUAUGGCUGAAUAGCUUUCAUGUAGGCUGUAAGAAGUUGGGUUUCAUCAUAUGAUCAAGGUUUUUUGAAAAUCUUCCUGAGAUUGAUUCCCUUUUUUAAUAAUCAACCUUGUUGAGGUUAUUUUUUCCCUACUUCCUCCUUGCAAUAUUGUAUCUCCAGUGAGGAACUGCGCUAUUUCUUCUUGCGAGUCCUUGAUCCAAGAUACUUCGAGGAACAUUAGAAUGAUUUGAAAAGGACUAGAACACUUUUCGUAUGUAUUUUGAUCUACAAACAAGUCAUUAUAUGUAAUUAAU